AUGGCAACGAAACAAGCAUGGAACGCCGCUUUUGCUCGCUACCUGGCUGAACUCGACGCAUUGAAACCAGUCAUCUGGUGCGGCGACCUCAACGUGGUGCAGGACGAACGCGAUCUGGCAGCUGCCUCCAAGAAGUGGAACAAGAGCCCCGGAUACACAGCCAUCGAGUGUGACGCGCACCGCGAGCUGCUUCAAGGCGUCGCAACGCCAACAUCAAAGCCACUUGUCGACGUCUGGAGGCAGAAGCAUCCAGAUGCCAUCGGACACUACACCUUCUACGGCUGGAGAGGGUUCUGCAGAACAAAAGGCAUCGGAUGGCGGCUCGACUCUUUCAUCCUCUCGGAACGCAUUGCCACCAAAGCUCUCGAGUGCGAGAUCAGGCACGAGUGCUACGGCGCCAGUGACCACGUUCCGAUCUAUUGCGAUAUCCAAGGCCCAUUGUAG